AUGCCUGCGCCAAAAUUAUAUUCUUUACAUUACAUUAUGAUCCUUAAUUUGAAAAAAUUUGUUUUACUCGCGUUAUUCGCGUUGUCUUUUGCAGCUGCAUAUCCAAAAUUUCUGGUUUUUAAAUCACGAGAACAACAUGUUCCUCCUGAUCGAAGAGUAUUAAUUCCUUUAAUUAAACGAGUUGUUACCACGGAAGGCGCCGCCGUUGCCAAAGAAUCAACAAUUCCGACCGUAACCUCCGUGAUAGCUACAAAGUCUCUAGAUUACAAUACUGCCACCAUAACUGCUUCAUAUGGUGACAGUAUAAAACCUGUCUUAAUAUUACCAACACCAAUUGUAACAAAAAAAAUUGAUCAUGUUAUAGUACCUCCUAUAGUUUUACAAGCUGCUGCUGGAAUUGGAGUCGGUUUAGCCGGUGUGGCUGCUAGUGCAAUUGGAGCAUAUUACUACAUAAAAAACAAAACAAAAGGGGGGGAUAAUGGUGAUAACAAUGAUGAUAACAAUGAUGACAACAAAGAUAACAAGGAUGGAACAAGGGAAGUUAAAGAUGAUAAAGAUGAACCAAAGCAGAUUUUUAUUCAACAUCAUGGUGACUCGAAAGAUUUUAAGGAUCCUGAUGAUGAUGAUACUGCUAAAUUCUCACCGAAGGAACCUACUUUUGCCACGAUUCACGGUUCACAAGCUGCAUCUACUUCAAUGGUUGACCUGAAGCAAGACACUGUAGGCUCUGUAGGAAUGGAAAGACAUCACUCUGAUUAA